ACAGAAUGAGGCGGCUGUGGAGAUGCCUGCUCUAAAACCUCGGGGGGAUGAGGUGGGUAGAAAACGCCAACACAAAGAAAGAGUCCGAGGCCCUGUCGGAGAAUGUUUCCAGCUCCUGUAACAGCUCCAUGGAUCCAACCUGGCAGGAAUGUUAGUGUUCGGCCUGGUUCGUGUGAAACGAGCCUCCGGUUCGUUUUACAGAAAACUGACACCAUGAAGGAAGUGGAUAAUGUCCAUCAGAACACUGAAAGUCUGUCUUUGGAGGAGAAAGUGCAGAUGAAACGGCUCGGUGUCCACCAGCCGCAGGAUGUUGGUAGACCCCAAACAGCUGCAGAUGUUCGGCCCUUGGAGGUGAUGAAAGAGAAGGUUCCCUGGAGCCCCAGUACGGAUCAGCAGAACCCAGAACCUGUUCACGUAAAAGAGGAAGAGGAAGAACUCUGGAUCAGUCAAGAGGGGGGGUAUCAUUAUGGGUUGGACGAAAAUGAGUACAGCCGACUCCCAUUAACUGUUAUUGUGAAGACUGAAGAUGAGGAAGAGGAACCUCAGACUUCACAGCUUCAUCAAAGCCAAACUAACGCCAGAGAGGUUGAGCGUCCAACCAGCAGCUUUAAAUGGAUCAAAAAGGAAAGUGAUGGAGAGGACUGGGGACGGCUGGAACUGGUUAGGAAACCACGUGCUCCAAGACCAAAGAGUGGCGCGGAGGGUUUAGACACCCCUGAGACUGAAUUCAGUGAAGAAGACGAUUGGCAGGAACCUUUGUCAGAGACUGACUCCGGCUGUAAGGGAAGCAGAGCAACAGAGUUGAGAGCAGGCAGCGAUAACAGAUGUAGUGCUGUUAAAAAGCCGUUCAGCUGCCCAGAGUGUGGUAAACAGUUUCUGUACAGGCAGUCUCUGAAGAGACACAUGAGACGCAACAUAGAAAAAAGCUCCAACUGUUCGGUUAAUCUGAAAUGUUCCGAAGUGAAGCAAAGUGCAGAUUCAAAGACCAAAGUCCACACGGGGAAGAAAAACUUCAGCUGCGACAUGUGCGGAAAAACUUUCAGAGAUCAUUUCAGCCUGAAAUCUCACAUGAGAGUCCACUCUGAGGAAAAGCCCUUUGGCUGCGAAAUUUGUGCCAAGUGCUUCAAGCAUGAGCACAACCUGAAGAUACAUAUGAGAAUCCACACGGGAGAGAUGCCGUUCAGCUGCGAAGUUUGCGGUAAAAGGUUUAAGCAUCAGCACAAUCUGAAGACGCACAUGAGAAUCCACACUGGGGAGAAGCCUUUUGUGUGCGACAUCUGUGGCAAAAGAGCGAGACACCAGAACAACCUGAAGACGCACAUGAUAGUCCACAGAGGGGAACGGCCCUUCGGUUGUGAUCUCUGUGGCAAAAAGUUCAACCGUAAAACGAGUCUCAGGGCGCACAUGACGGUUCACACGGGCGAAAAACCAUUUGCUUGCGAUAUCUGCGGUAAAAGCUAUAAGCGAAAAACGCACCUUCGGACUCACAUGACCGUCCACAAUGAAGAAAAGCCUUUUGGUUGUGACGUCUGCGGUAAGAGGUUCAAUCGUAAAACGCAUCUCGGGACGCACAUGGCGGUCCACACAGGCGAGAAGCCUUACAGCUGUGACUUCUGUGGUAAAAGGUUCACCCGGAAAACGCAUCUUGAUUCCCACAUUACGGUUCACACGGGAGAAAAACCUUUUGGCUGCGCCGUGUGUGGGCAAGAAUUCUCCCAGCAGGGAAGUUUAAACAGACACAUGACAUUACACUUGGGAUAAAAGCACAUUUAAAGAAAAAAUCUGGAGGUAAAACCUAAAGAUAAUUUCUUCAUCUCCAUGACAGAAGUGACUUGUCUUAUUGUAUGCCUUUUUUGGAGAUUUUGACUUUAAUUACUACAAGUAUGAGUGUUAUAAUUCUGUGUGAGAGGAUGGAGCAGCUGAGCUACGAAGCAUUUACCCUUGGUUGGUACUGUUUAGAAACACUAAGUAAACCAUGCUCAUUGUUGAUGUUGCUCCUGUUUCAAGCAAAUUUGUUUUUUUUUGUACAAUUUGUAUCUCAUCUUUGGUAGCGUGCCAUGCAUGAUGAGUUGGAAUAUAGAAAUAAUUGAUAGCUAUCACUUUGAGGUAUUUGGUUCUCAAAGCUCUUUAAUCUUGCCAAUGAAGCAAUACUUUGCUAAAUGACCACCAGCACACCUACUUGACAAAUCAAAUCAGAAAUUGAAACCAAAAUUAUUGGUUAAAGAACAUGAAUUUAGCAUUUAAAGACUCUAAGACUGAAAGUAAGUUGGAGUAAGGAGACAUACUUUUUUUUCUAUUUUGGUGGAUUUAAGUUUCUGACUAAUAAGUUUACGCACUAAUAUAGUUCGGCAGAUCAUGACCAACUGAUUAUCCAGUUGUAAAAAUGACUGAGCCUAACAGUCACUUGUAUGUAUGUGUAUUCCUGAGUUAUUUUCACAUACCUUUUAAAUAUAAAGCAGAGAAGCAGAAUAUGACCAAGGGCGUUUAUGAAAAAAUGUCAGUAUAUGGAUGUCUAAAGCAUAUAAAUAAGUUGUAUUUGACUUAAAUAAACUUUGUUUUUCUUAAAAAAAAAUUUUUUUUAAUAUACUCUUUGGAUGAAAUAAUUUUGCUUUCUGUAUAAUGUCUGUAUAAUGGUAGAAUAGAUGCAACUUGGGUACCGUCAUGGGUAAAUGUUUUAACUGUGAAACAUUAGCUUUGCAGCUUCAGAUUUUGUGCCAACAAUUCAUAUUGCUUUGAGCUUAUUGAGUGAUCAGAUGCAGAUUAAGUCUAUUUGUAAAGGUUUAUUGUAAAAAAAACAAAACACAGAAAACUAUUUUUGCACACCACGAGCAGUUAACAUUUUCUUCAAUUCUAUUAUCAGCAUCGGAUGAAUUCAUAAAAUAGCCCAGAUGAAAUCAUAACUAAUCUAAUAAUGAGGUUUAACAGGCUUGUAUACAUGAACCUUUUCAACUCUCAUCUUUCUAUGGGCUGAGAUUAGUGCUUUGUGAUGACUGCUCCAAAACAUUGACUAUGCUGUCCGUGAUCCACUUUCUAACUAAUUUGGUGGCGUCAUUAGCGGUACUGUCUAUUGGAAGAGCCAUUUGUAUCCAAGCUGUAACUUACUGCCUCUUAUGAUGUUGCUUUUCUAUUUCCACAUCAUGUACUUGCUUGCUCCAUAAUGCUAUUUCCUCAUGAUGCAGGUUUUUUUUUUAAGCGUACCAGAGCCUCCUGCAACAAAACACCCGCACAUGAUGUUGCCACCCCCUAAUGUCACAGUUGAAAUAAUGCUCUCAGAUUUACGAGCUUCUGCCUCCUUUAUCCAAAAGUAAUAAUGGUCAUUAUGACCAAACGCUUCCAUUAGGUCUUUUGUCCCUGAAUUUGGUGAGUGAACUGCAAUCUGGCUUUUGAUGUUGCUUUUAGAGUAAUGGCUUCUUGCUUUGGUUUUUGAGCCCAUGUAAGAAGAAAUUGAAUAAUUUAACUAUGAAUAAUGACUGUGUCUAACCAGCUUCACAGUGAAACUGGCUAAUCUCUGGGACACAAAAUUGUCCUUCCUGAACAGCUUGAUGGUAUGGUAUUUAUGCUUAAUAUAAUUUGAAAAGAUUAAUGUGGCACCUCCACACUUUUAAAGGUCCAUAGUUCUCUUCCUGCUAUUUUGAAGAUUAUAUUUACGUGAUAUAAAACAAGGAAUGUGUUUGAGGUGUUGCCUUAACAUACAUCCACAAGUAUUGUUUAAAAGUCUCUCUUAAACUCUUUAAUAUGAAACCAUUUGUUCUGACAUAAAGCUCUUGUUGCUAAACACUAAUGCCAACACCGAAGACCAUCUCGCAAGCAUUUCGGUCAUUUUUUGGUUUAAUGGCAAGUUACAAAAAUAAAUUUWCUGUUUAAAAGACAUGUGUUUUCAAUAUACGAAUGCAAAAAUAUUUUAACCUUGUUUAAACGCCGCUCUGCUGCGUUUCAAUGCAUAAACGGGGCACUGUUUCCCUUCCCAAUAUGGCUGACACGACGACGUGUCAUUUCAGUGAGAUGAAAAGACUCAGGCGUCCCGCGU